AAUCUGGCAUAAUGGCAUGUUCAUAAAAUAAAUAAAGAAAGCGCGUUUGACCUUGUAAAACCCGUCCGCCAUCUCCAUGAAUCAUUCAUCCAAUAUUACCGCCACCACAGGCUUAGAGUUGUUGAUAUAUGAAGCCAUUAAAAAAUCUUACAAACCUUUCUCCUACUUCUUCUUGGACACGGCUCACAACUCAGAACUACCCCACCACCAUCACCACUUCCACUAUUCUCUCCGCCUUUCAAGCCUCAACUUCAUUUCUCUAAAUUAACCAACCCCAAUUCACAAAACUUCCCAUUUCUUGAUCUGCUUCUCUACUCACCUCAAGGCUUGUGUUGUGUUGUAAUGGCGGACAAAGUGAAACAAAUCUUGUCCAGACCCAUUCAUUUGGCUGACCAGGUGGUCAAAGCGGCAGAUGAAGCCACUCUUAAUAGACAAGAUUGCGCCGAGCUCAAGUCCAAGACAGAAAAGCUCGCCGCACUCCUUAGACAAGCAGCUCGAGCCAGUUCUGAUCUUUACGAGCGUCCCACGCGCCGGAUCAUUGACGAUACGGAACAAGUCCUUGAGAAAGUGCUGGCUUUAGUCCUCAAGUGCCGCGCCAAUGGAUUGAUUAAGCGCGUCUUCACCAUCAACCCGGCUGCUGCGUUUCGUAAAAUGUCGUCGCAGUUAGAAAACUCAAUCGGAGACGUUUCGUGGCUUCUCCGCGUGUCCGCUUCGGGGGAUGACCGCGAUGACGGGUACUUGGGCCUCCCACCAAUCGCCGCUAAUGAGCCAAUACUUUGUCUGAUAUGGGAACAAAUCGCGAUUCUGUAUACAGGGUCACUUGAUGCCAAAUCCGACGCCGCAGCGUCGCUUGUGUCACUAGCACGAGAUAACUAUCGAUACGGGAAGUUGAUUAUCGAAGAAGGUGGGGUUUGGCCAUUGCUGAAAUUAGUCAAAGAAGGUAAAUUAGAAGGCCAAGAGAAUGCAGCUAGAGCAAUUGGACUGCUGGGACGAGACCCUGAGAGUGUAGAACACCUGAUCCACACUGCAGUUUGUUCGGUGUUUGCGAAAAUACUGAAAGAAGGGCCUAUGAAGGUGCAAGCUGUUGUUGCGUGGGCUGUGUCUGAAUUGGCAGCCCAUUAUCCGCAAUGUCAAGAUCUUUUUGCACAGCAUAAUAUAAUUCGGUUGCUUGUUGGCCACCUUGCGUUUGAGACUGUUCAAGAACAUAGUAAGUAUGCUGUUACCAGUAACAAAGCUACAUCUAUUCAUGCUGUUGUUGUUGCUAAUAGUAAGAAUAGUAAUUCGAUUGCCAAUGGUAAUAAUAGUAAUAGCAAUAAGCCUUAUGAUGAUGGUGAUUAUAAUCACGGUCACAUUCCUCAUCCAAUGGGAAACAAGGCCCCAAGUCGAAUGCAUACUGUGGUUAUGAAAACAAUGGCAGUAAGAGCUGGUGAGAAACAGGGGAAUCUUACAAAUCAGAACGACAAUGUGAAAAGUAAUGGUUCCACCAAUAAUAACAAUGUAAAGCAGAAUCAUCAGUUGCAGCAUCAGCAGAAUGUUUCGCUUUCAGGGACUGCUGCAAAGGGGAGAGAAUUGGAAGACCCUGCUACUAAGGCCUACAUGAAAGCGAUGGCAGCAAGAGCACUUUGGCAUCUUGGCGCGGGAAAUUCGCCCAUUUGUCGCAGCAUAACUGAGUCCAGAGCAUUGUUAUGUUUUGCGGUUCUUUUGGAGAAAGGAUCCGAAGAAGUUAAAUACAAUUCUGCCAUGGCAUUGAUGGAAAUCACAUCAGUGGCAGAGAAAGAUACUGAUUUGAGAAGAUCAGCAUUCAAGCCCAAUUCGCCUGCCUGCAAAGCUGUUGUUGAUCAGCUAUUGAUUAUCAUUGAAAAGGAGGAUUCUGAUCUUCUUAUUCCCUGCAUCAAGGCCAUUGGGAAUUUGGCUAGGACUUUUAGAGCAACAGAAACAAGGAUGAUUGCUCCAUUGGUUAAACUUCUUGAUGAAAGAGAGGCUGAAGUUACGAGGGAGGCUUCAAUUGCACUUACAAAGUUUGCCUGCAGUGAUAAUUACCUGCACGAUGACCACUCAAAGGCAAUUAUAAGUGCUGGAGGUGCAAAACACUUGGUUCAGCUGGUAUAUUUUGGAGAACAAAUUGUUCAGUUAUCAGCAGUGGUUCUUUUAUGCUACAUCGCCAUGCAUGUACCAGACAGUGAGGAAUUAGCACAAGCUGAAGUGCUCAACGUGCUAGAAUGGGCAUCUAAGCAAAGCUACAUGAUCCAAGAUGAAACAAUUGAACAAUUGUUACAAGAAGCCCAAAGUAAACUGAAGCUUUUUCAGUCUAGAGGAAUGAAGGGAUUCCAUUGAUUCAAUCAAAUUCAAAAGUUACUGGCUUUUGCGACCAAAUUUUCUAUCUGCUGCUUCUGUUUCAUCAUUCAAAUUGAGUGUACAUAAAAAUUAGACUUUAUCCUGUAACUUUUUAGAAGUGUGUUCAGUCAUUUACAUAGCAGCUGCUGCAUCUAUUUGUUUCUUUUUUGGUUCCAUUUGUUUCAUGGCUCAACUGAUGCCACCAGAAACAAAAUUAUAAGUUUGGGGAUUUGUUAUGUCAAAUUAUGGGUUUAUUUAUAAAUUCUGCUUUCAAUUUGCCA